AUAUGAACAGUUCAGCGAGGGCUCCAGAAUGUGUGUGUGAGUGGGUGUGUGUGUUGUGGGGAGAAACAGAGGAAGCAGUGUGCUGUGAGCAUGGUUUAGGUAGUGACUGGAGAGCUCCUUAGCAGGAGAAAGGCUUUUGGACAAUAGGUCACACUAGGGGCAACUCUUAGUUAGCGUCUUAGUGUUGGUCAUCUAAAUUCACAUCUUGGUACUCCAUGCUGUGAGCAUUAAUACAAAGAGGGAAGAGAGGCCUGGUUCCAGAAGAUUCCAGGUAUCUUACUUCCUUGUCCGGUGAAGAUGAACACAGUGAGUCACCUGGGUUUGGGCCUUCUAGAUAUGCCUGGGAAUAUGAAGAAUGCAGCAUCGCUGUGCAUGGAGCAUGUGACCCUGUAGGACAUGUGUCCACCAAAGGUUACCAUGGGUUAGUCCCAGCAGGGCAGUUACUUUUGAGAUGGUUGAUGCCGUGUUAAGCUUUGUUUUCAGGGAACAUGCUUGUCAUUGUAGGUAUCUGUGACUCACCAUUGUGAUCAAAAUUAGUUGUAAAUUCUGAUCCUGCCACUGUCACUGUUGAUUUGCUUAACCUUGCCUGAGUCUAGUCUCUCUGGGCUUUAUUUCCUCAUCUGUCUCUGACAUCCUUUCCAAUUGGAAUUUGUAAAGAUUCAUUGAAGUGAGCAAGGAAGGAGGAGCCUCAGCCUGUAGGAGCUUUUCUUUUUUAAAGAAAAAAGUCAACCCUUAGGUUUUAUAGAUGCUCAGAAUAUGUUCCUGGGGGAAAACGCUGAAAGGUUUGCUCUGGACCCUCCUGGGCCUGGAGAGGUCUCUGGAGAAAAGCUUGAGGCAGAAUGAGAAGCAGCAGAAGCUAUGGAUGGCAACACGGAGGACAAUGCACCCCACAGGAGAAUUGAGACCCUGGAGCUGAGGGAGCAUCAUGGCAGUGUUUCUGGAGGCCAAGGAUGCCCAUUCGGUCCUGAAACGAUUCCCUCGUGCCAAUGAGUUCCUGGAGGAGCUGCGCCAGGGCACCAUCGAGCGAGAGUGCAUGGAGGAGAUCUGCAGCUACGAGGAGGUCAAAGAAGUGUUUGAGAACAAAGAGAAAACGAUGGAGUUCUGGAAGGGGUACCCAAAUGCAGUCUACUCAGUCCGAGACCCCUCACAGAGCUCAGAUGCCAUGUACGUGGUGGUACCUCUUCUGGGGGUGGCAUUGCUGAUUGUUAUCGCCUUGUUCAUCAUCUGGAGGUGCCAGCUGCAGAAAGCGACCCGUCACCACCCCUCCUAUGCUCAGAACCGGUACCUAGCCAGUCGUGCUGGGCACAGCCUCCCCAGGGUCAUGGUGUACCGGGGUACUGUACACAGCCAAGGGGAGCCUUCUGGGCACCGAGAGGCAGGGAGCAGCCCCCAGGUGGUGCUGGGGCCCAGUCGGGGGGGCAGGACCACAGUCCGGCUUGAGAGCACCCUCUACCUACCUGAGCUCUCUCUCUCCAGACUGUCCAGCGCCACCCCUCCCCCCUCCUAUGAGGAGGUAACUGCACCCCAAGACAGCAGCAGUGAGGAGGCCAGCGUGUCUUACAGCGACCCACCCCCUAAGUACGAGGAGAUAGUCGCCACCAACCCUGGCACUGACAAAUAGUGGGACGUUUGUGCCCUGUCCUGGAUGAAUGCCUGUUUCUGAGGUCUCCUAUUUUCUUUUUAACUUUUUAAAGACUGUGCCACCACAAAACAGCCUUAGCCUCCUUGUUGCCAAAUAAUUCCCUAAUCGCGAAGUUUAGGAAGUCAGUUGUCAGAGACAGGUGGGGAGGGGGAGUAGGAACCAUGCAUGAGUCAAAGUCCCCAGGAAGAGCCAAAGGCCAAAGUGCCCAACUCUUUGGGAUGCCCCCCAAGCCUCCAUCAUCCUGUCUUCCCAUCAGGAACUGGCUUCUCUUAUGCCAAAGGAAUCACCUCAUUGAGUUGAUUGUGGCCAGAAUGUUCACAGGCCCAGCCUGGGGGCUGUGGGGCUGGCUGGAAGCCUGUCUAUGUCUGGAGCUCUGGGUCACAGAUGUAAGGGAGGGAAGCCAGCCUUUCAGCACCCCUUUCCCUCCACAGUUCUGUAUUUUCUGUCCUUGCUUACAUUUAGAGGACAGGGACAAGGACUGAGUGAAAACAAAAUGAAAAAAAUUAUGACAAAUAAAUAAGGAAUGCAAUAGAA